UGAAUCGGCAAGGAACAAGUUCUUCGUAAAAUACCCAGAAGAAAAAAAAUAAAAAAGAUUAAGUAGAUUAAAUAAAUUAAUAAAUUAACUAAUUAGCUUGAAAAAAAAGAGAAAAAGAAAAAGAAAAAGAAAAAGACAGAGAAGGGUGGGUGCUUUUUAAAAGGCAAUAUUUUAAUUGGAGAUGGGAAGCGAGCAGAAGAAGUGCAGGUAGGAGAGAGAGAGAGGGUGUGUUUGGCGAAAAUGAAAUGAAAAGAAAAGAAAAGAAAAACGGCGAAAGAAGAUGAUGGUAAAGAAGAUUUGUAGUAAUACUAAUAAUACAAGUAGUAGUAGAAGUGGUGGUGGUAAUGGUAAUGGUGGUGGAAGUAGGAGAGAAGGAAUUGAGAUUCGCGCCGACUCCGGUAGAAAGGGAGCCUCGUCCGUACUCCUCCUUUUUCUUCUUUUGAUUCUCAUUCUUCCCCGUAUUUAAAAUUUUAUUAAAAAAAAAGGGAAAAAAAAAUCAAACCCACUAAAAAAAAAAAAUUAAUCUUUUUUUUUCCAUUGCUACGUUUCACUGUUGCUUCAAACGCACUUCUUCUUCUUUUUUCUACUUUCGUCUUCUGGUUCUUUCUGAUAGAUCUUCUGGGUCUUUUUUUCUUUUUUUUUUUUUUUUUGGGAGCUGGGAUUUUAUUUGAAUCAGUGAGCGAUUUUGGGAUUAGGGUUUUGUUAUCGUGGUUCGUUGGGUCUUUCUUCUUCUUGUGUUUUUUUUGUAACUUAAUUUAACGGUAAUAUUUUGUUUUUUUUAUUUAUUUUUUUGUUUGUUAAAAAAAUUUCGUAUGGGAUUAAUAUUUGUUAUUGGUGUUGAAUUUGUUUUUUUGUUUUUGGGGGAGUGGGGGGUGUCCUAGUGUGUGAUAUGAUUUGGUUGUAAAUAGUAUUUUAGAUUUGUGAAAUCGUGUAGCUUUCGAUUUUCCUCCUUGGAUAUAUUUUCUGAUUCUUGGAGGUCUUACUUUCUAUUUGCAUUCCAAUUUUAAAAAAGGAAAGAAAAAGAAGACAAAGAGGAUCAAAAUCGGUUCUAAGCCCUAUAUAAACACAUCCAAAUCCUUAAUCACCCACCAUUUUUAUUGUGGGUCUUGUUCUUACCCUUUUUUUUUUUUUUUUUUUGUUUUUCCCAAUCUAAACUGGAUACUAGUGUCCGGGUAAAUUGAGUCCGAGGGUAGAUAUUGUUUUUUUAAAUUUUUUGUGAAAAAAAGUAAAAAAUAUUUAAUUUAGGAGAAGAACUAUAAAAAAGAUUUAUAGUUUGAGCACGGAGGAACAAGUGGGGGGGUUUCAAUUCUUUGUUGGGUUGUUACAUUCUAUGGGAAUACCUGACAGUUCUCUACUAGAUCUAAUAGAAAAGGUUAGGUCUUGGAUUUCUUGGGGAAGAAGAGACUUACAGUGCUUGUCUGGCGGAUUUGAAAUGCCCGAUAACUGUAGCAAAAUGUGCUGUGAGUGCCAUACAAACUUUACCAAUACUUGUCAUAGAUUCCAUUGCCAAAGUUGCGGUCAGUGGUUUUGUGGGAAGUGUAUUCCUCAUCAUGGCUUAGAUAGUUUGAAGGGCAAUGCUGAGGGUGAGGAGAGUAUCAUCAAGUUCUGCAAGCUUUGUUCUGAGAUUAGUUUGAGGAAGGAAUGUGAGAGAAAAUAUGGUGAGAAAGUUCACCCUUCAGUAUCUCCCCGGGAAAGCCCCGAACCACCAUCGCCUAGCUUUAGUGGUGAAAGAAUCAAGUGCUCUGCAGAUGGUGAAUCCAUUCAGAGUGAUCAUUUUGCUCGUUAUAUUGAAGCCCGGGAUUAUGGGUAUUAUCCCCAUGCUAUGACAAGUGGUAGUAUGUCCUCGUUUAGUGCUCAUCCAUCGCCAGUGCACGUCCGUCGCUCUUCCAGCAGGAGCGAUGAUGAAGAGGCAGAGGAUUCUGGGAAGCACUUUUACAGCCCUUCAAGUGAAUACUUCCAUGAUAAUUCAGAUGUAGAUUCAAGUAGUGUUAGUGCUAGGAAUGAGUUUUAUAAUUUUAAGUCAGUGGGAUCAAGUCCUUAUGACAGUCCUUCUAGGAUUGAUUUUACUUCUAGUAGAGUUGGGCAUUGUGUACAGAAGUGGCAAGGAGAAAGUCCAGUGUCUAGAAAUGAUGGUUCCAAUGGUCAAGAGACUAUGGCUAUUUUAAAAAAGCCUGAUAUAGGGACUGAGGAUCCAGAUAAUAAUGAUGAUUACACUGAUGAUUUGUCAGUUUUCCGGAGCCAAUAUGAGAAGUCACAAAGGCCACUGGAUUUUGAAAACAAUGGUCUUAUCUGGUUUCCCCCACCACCUGAAGAUGAAAAUGAUGAGGUGGAGAGUGGUUUCUUCACUUAUGAUGAUGAAGAUGAUGAAAUUGGGGAUUCACGUGCGGUGUUCUCAUCAAGUAGUAGCCUACCUAGCAUGUUUCCAGCAAAGGAGAAACAGAAUGAGGGCAACAAGGAACCCCUAAGAGCUGUUGUACAGGGGCAUUUUAGAGCUCUUGUGUCACAGUUGUUACAAGGUGAGGGCAUCAAAAUCGGCAAAGAGAAUGGAGAUGAGGACUGGCUUGACAUAGUAACAACAAUAGCUUGGCAAGCUGCAAAUUUUGUGAAGCCAGAUACAAGCAAAGGAGGCAGUAUGGAUCCCCUUGAUUAUAUAAAGGUUAAAUGUAUAGCAUCAGGAAAUCCAAGUGAUAGCACCCUUAUAAAGGGAGUAGUUUGUACAAAAAAUAUAAAGCACAAGCGCAUGACAUCUCAAUACAAAAAUCCUAGAUUACUUAUUUUAGGAGGAGCACUAGAAUAUCAGAGAGUUCCAAACAAGUUGGCUUCUUUCAAUACACUGCUACAUCAGGAAAAUGAUCAUCUAAAGAUGAUUAUUUCAAAGAUAGAAGCUCUACGACCAAAUGUUCUGCUGGUAGAAAAAAGUGUAUCUUCAUAUGCCCAAGAUUACUUGCUGGCUAAAGAAAUUUCUUUAGUACUGAAUGUUAAAAGGCCCUUAUUGGAACGAAUAGCUCAGUGCACCGGUGCUCUUAUUACACAAUCAGUUGACAAUAUUUCAACAACUCGACUGGGGCAUUGUGAACUUUUCCGUUUGGAAAAGAUUUGUGAGCAACAUGAGACUGCCAACCAGUUUAACAAGAAGCCAUCAAAAACCUUGAUGUUUUUUGAAGGGUGUCCAAGGCGUUUAGGUUGCACGGUUCUGCUGAAGGGCGCAAGUCGUGAAGAGUUAAAGAAGGUUAAGCAUGUUGUUCAAUAUGCAGUUUUUGCAGCCUAUCAUUUAUCCCUUGAGACUUCCUUCCUUGCUGAUGAGGGUGCUACUCUGCCCAAGAUGACACAAGGAGGGCACCCAAUUGCCAUACCGGAGAGGGUGACAGCUGAUUUUUCGAUUUCUGCAAUCCCUGAUUCUCUUGCUCCAACUAAUUCUGAAGUAGCAGCUGAUGGUUAUGCUCAAGAUGAAGAGACUCUGAUUCUAAAUCCUGAACGUGAAGGAUCAGAACUUUUGUCUGGGCAUUUUGGUCCUGGAUAUGGUUUUUCUUUGUCUUCUAGGUCUAUAGACUGUGUGGAUGGAAGUGCAUUCUUCACUAUAUCCCAUUUAGCAUCUAAUAUGGGUUUUGAUAGUUCACCAAAUCAAUUCAAGGAUAUAAAACAGUCCACCGCACUUCCAUCUAACAUCAGAAAAUUUUCUCAAUCAGAAUUCCCAGAAUUAUCAGCCCCGGAGGAGAGUCGACCUGAAGACAUUCACGAAUUGACAAAAUCUGAAAGAAUUGAUGAAAAUGAUGUUUCAAGUGAGUACUUUUCAUCUGCUGACACUCAGCAAAGCAUAUUGGUAUCCCUUUCUAGCCGUUGUGUAUUGAAAGGAACAGUUUGUGAGCGCUCUCGGCUUAUGCGCAUUAAAUUUUAUGGCCGUUUUGAUAAGCCUCUUGGGAUGUAUCUUCGAGAUGAUCUUUUUGAUCAGGCAAUAUACUGUCGAUCUUGUAAUGAACCGGCUGAAGCCCAUGUUAUUUGCUAUACCCAUCAGCAGGGAAAUCUUACAAUCAAUGUUAAGCGCCUUCCUUCGUUAAAGCUACCUGGGGAGAGGGAUGGUAAGAUAUGGAUGUGGCAUCGUUGCCUGAGGUGUACUCAUGUAGAUGGAGUGCCUCCUGCAACACGUAGAGUGGUUAUGUCAGAUGCUGCUUGGGGACUUUCUUUUGGAAAGUUCUUGGAACUUAGUUUUUCAAACCAUGCGACAGCAAAUCGCAUUGCAACUUGUGGUCAUUCAUUACAGAGGGACUGUCUUCGUUACUAUGGGUUGGGAAGCAUGGUUGCAUUCUUCCGAUAUUCCCCCAUUGAUAUUCUCUCAGUCCAUUUACCACCAUCUGUGCUUGAAUUCAAUGGUUGUGGGCAACCAGAGUGGAUAAGAAGAGAGGCGACUGAGAUUAUGGGAAAAAUGGAAACCCUUUAUGCGGAAAUAUCUGAUAUACUUGAUAGCAUGGAAGACAAAACUAGAUUUUUGGGACAAGAAUCAUCUGAUACAACAGACUUACAGAACCAUGUAUUGGAGAUGAAAGAUCUUGUGAAAAGGGAAAGGGUUGAUUUCAUUGGUAUCCUGCAACCUGCUAUUAUUGAGACUUCACAACCAGGCCAAAUGGCUGUAGACAUUCUGGAACUAAAUCGCUUGAGGUGUUCUCUUGUUAUUGGUUCACAUGUUUGGGAUCGCCGUCUUUAUUCAAUGAAUUCUCUUCUUAAAAGGAAUUCUAUUUCCAAGGCCACGCAACCAGAUGCAUCUUUUGUCCACCAUAAAGAGUUGAUGAGUGAUUCAUUGAGUAAGGAUGGUAGGGUCGACUAUGGGCAAGAAGAAAUUGCUUGCGAAUCAUUAAAAUUACAUGAGUCGACUGAAAAUGGUAUAUUGUCAGAGCAGAAAGAGCCUGUUGUAUCACCCUGUGAACCUUACGUUCCUGAAGACUCCACGGUAUCAUGUCAUCAAAACAGACAGGAGGAAUUUUCUUCAGAUGGGGAAAUUACUGUUAUUAGGGCAUCCUUUGAAAGCUUUCCUUCCCAUGAGUCCACUCUUUCUGACAAAAUAGAUUCUGCAUGGACAGGCACAGAUCAACUUCUCAUGAAAGCUCAACCUGUGCAUGUUUCAAAUGCAGAUGGAAGUCAAGCUGCUACUGUCAGACAAACAUUUCAAAGUGAUUAUCCUCCUUUUAGAAGAUUAAGAUUGCCAGGCAGAGUUCAUUCUUUUGAUUCUGCAUUGAGGGUCCAAGACAGAGUGCGGAAAGGAUUGCCCCCUUCCUCUUUGCAUUUGUCAAAUCUCAGAUCAUUCCAUGCUUCUGGAGAUUACAGGAGUAUGGUCAGGGAUCCUCUGUCUAAUGUAACGAGGACUUUCUCUCAAACACUCCCUCUAGAGGCUCAAAAGAUGAACUUACUACUUAGUUCUACACCCACCUUAAUCUCCUCUGCAUCUCAAAUGGCUGAAGGGGUUCGAUUGUUGCUUCCCCAGACAGGCCAGAGUGACAUAGUUAUUGCUGUUUAUGACAAUGAACCUACCAGCAUCAUAUCAUACGCCCUUAGUUGCAAGGAGUAUGAUGACUGGGUUGCUGAUAAGCCAUAUGAGCAUGAGGGAGGCUGGAGUGCUCAUGAGAGUGGUAGAGAAGAUUCUGCAGCUUCUACCUUCUCGGCAUGGCAUUCUUUUGGUUCUAUUGAUUUGGAUUAUAUCCACUAUGGAAGUUAUGGAACUGAAGAUGCUUCAUCCUCAAUGAGUUCCCUAUUUGCAGAUACCAAAAAAUCUCCGCAUUUAAGGAUCUCUUUUGGGGAUGAAUCUUCAACUGGUGGGGGCAAAGUGAAGUUUUCUGUCACUUGUUAUUAUGCAAAACAGUUUGAUUCUCUAAGAAAGAAAUGCUGCCCUAGUGAGGUGGAUUUUGUACGCUCCUUGAGCCGCUGCAGGAGAUGGAGUGCUCAAGGUGGGAAAAGCAAUGUCUAUUUUGCCAAGUCAUUGGAUGAAAGAUUCAUUAUAAAACAAGUUACGAAGACAGAGUUGGAAUCAUUUGAGGAAUUUGCACCUCAAUAUUUUAAAUAUUUGACCGAUUCCCUUAGUUCAGGAAGCCCAACUUGCCUUGCUAAAGUUCUUGGCAUAUAUCAGGUUACAGUUAAACACUUGAAAGGUGGGAAAGAAACUAGAAUGGAUUUGAUGGUGAUGGAGAACCUUUUCUUUAAGAGAAGUAUCUCAAAGGUUUAUGAUCUUAAGGGCUCUGCUCGAUCUCGUUAUAAUUCUGAUACAACAGGGGUAAACAAAGUACUGCUUGAUAUGAAUUUGCUGGAAACACUACGUACAAAGCCUAUAUUUCUUGGAAGCAAAGCGAAGCGAAGUCUAGAAAGAGCUAUAUGGAAUGAUACGGCCUUUUUGGCGUCUGUUGAUGUAAUGGACUACUCGUUGCUGGUUGGGGUGGAUGACGACCGAAAAGAGCUGGUUCUAGGGAUCAUUGAUUUCAUGAGACAAUACACCUGGGACAAGCAUUUGGAGACAUGGGUAAAGGCAUCUGGAAUACUUGGAGGACCGAGGAAUGCUUCCCCUACCAUUAUCUCACCGAAACAGUACAAAAAGAGAUUCCGAAAGGCAAUGACUACCUAUUUUCUCACUGUACCAGAUCAAUGGUCUUCUUGAUUCUGAACUGCAGCAUUUGCAUAUUCUUUUGUCAACAAAAGUGUUCAAUUAAUAAAAGUCUGGGGAUUAUCAUGGCUGCUAAAAAGAGAGUGAGAUCCCUCCAAAUGAUUCGUUCUUUUGUUCUUUUCCAAUGUAUUUAUAUGAUUUAACUAUAUACAUAUUUGUCCAUUUGUUUUGUAUAUGGGCAAAAACAAGUCCCAAACGAGAGUCUUUGACACUGAAAAUUUGAAGAGUUGGCAACAUUUCUUCUCACUUUUUACAUGUCAAAGUUAACCCCUUUAUUUAAAUACAUGGGGAGAUAGGAUAUGUGUGUGACUUUGGGAGAGACUAAUGUAAAGAUGAGUAUCUUCUUUAUUUUGCGUUAUCCGUCAAAACAUUGAACUUGUAUUGGUUCUUUAACCAUUUAAAAAGUUUUUUCUAGCA